GACGUAUAAAGGACAAAGAAAGUUUUGUCAUGAUCCAUUCUCCUCGAUUCGUGCCUCAGUGCUCAGUGCUGCGACGGACUAUUCGCGACCAUCUGUGACGGAGAAAGUAGCGUUGACGUAAUUGUGCGACUUCUCGACGACGUUCAACGUUCGUCGCACGAUCAGUCGUGCUGUCGAAACGACCGGAGCAGUCCGGAGGUACCGGGGGGGAGUACGUGACGACGCGCGAACGAACGGAUUUCGAGCAAGCGGUGUCGCUCUAAACGAUGAGACGGAGCACGUAUAGGAAGGUGAAAACAGACGGAGUCCGCAGCUGGACUAACAUAACCUGUACGUCGUAUUUCGCAGCAGUUUGAUCAAAUGGAUAUCUCCGAUGAGGAACUGUUUGACGCAUCACCAAGCUGCAGUUUGAGAACAGAUCCAAGUUUCAAUUUAACGGAGCAAACGAAAUCUUUGACAAAGGAUCCAGUGCAAGAGAGAGAUAGCAACCAGUGCAAGAGAGAGAUAGCAAUGAUAACUAACAAUAUUUCGAUAAAUUUCACACGUUCGCCAAAUGUAAAGAAAGGACCAAAAUCGCGUUCACUCAAAAGUAAUAAGAAACGAGCUUAUUGGAAAUAUGGAUUAAAACCAUACAGUCAACGAAAGAAAAGCUCUUCUAAGUCUUUGAAAUCUCAGCAAAAGUUCCAAAAGAUGAAACCUACUAUUGAAGCUAGAGCGGGACCAUCAGAAGAUAAAGCAAAUGACCAAAAUACAGUCUCCUCUGAUGAAUCAUUCAAGGUAGACGAGGUGUACGAAGAAAGAACAAAUGACCAAAAUACAGUUUGCUCUGAUCAAUCGUACAAGGCAGACGAAUUGUAUGAAGAUAUAAAUGAGCAAUCUGAACAGAGCAAGAUUAAUGAUUUUUCCUCGACGUGUCAAAUGCAGGAAGAGAACUCGUAUGCCGAUGACAUCGUACCUAACGCAUGUUCACGUACUUUACCAUACAAAUUUUAUCAAGAAAGUCUCGACAAGAGCGUAGAAUCCAAUUUGAAUAGCGACGAAGCUUAUUUAUCUAUUUACCAUUCAUCUCAAAAUGAUUCAAAAGUGAUGAAAAAACAGGAUCAUGCAAGAUUAAAAUUCAUGGCUAAAAGAAUGGGAAAGCGGUCGAAUGAGUGGAAGUUUAAAAGAAAAUCUGUUUUGUCCGAUAGUGAAACUGAAGAGAGAUCUGGACCAAGGAAAAGAAGUCGAUUAAUAAUAUUAAGUGAAUCUGAAAGUGAUAGUGAAGAUGCAAGUAAUAUCGGAACGAUUGACGAUAAUAAUCGAAGUGAGUCUCGUUUAUCUCUUGAGAAGUUUGAUGAAAAGGAAAUGGAUGUACAGAUUAGUCGUACAGUGCGAGUUAUUUUAACAAGAUUGGAAGAAAUGAACGAUGAUGAUGUUAUUAAAUGGCGAGAGGGCAGAACGAAGCUUUCAGAGAUUGUCGCGUCUGAACCAAUAGAAGAAGAACAAUUGGACCGACGGAAGCUUCAAAAUUUGUUGAUCUCUUCUUCUUUAGAAUCUCAAGAAAUCAAUGACAUUCCUGAAAAUCUUUCAUUAACCGUGCCCAAUAGUUUUAUUGGAAAACGCUCUACAAUAAAGUCAAAGUUCAAUAAACUCAGAAAGAAAUACAAACUGUUCAAGAAGCCUAAAGUUCUAAUGAUAAAAUUGGAUACUUUACAGUAUUCUUCCGAAGACGGCAUAUAUUCAGCGAUUGAGAUCGAUCGUUUAACGAAGAAUUAUUUGACUUCUGUGAUAACUUCGAAUUUCCAAUUAAAAUCUCAUGGAUUAAAGAUGUACACACGUGUGCGCUUACGAAGAAAAAGUAUAAAUGAAAAUACGGAAGAUCGUAGUCUAAGCCCUACUCUGUCUAGGAAACAAAAUACAAAUGAGAUAUUUGAAUUGUCUACAGAAGGAAGUACAGUAAGAGAUGCUCAAACCACAGAAAACAAAGAUGAGAAUACUCCAUUCAAGAUCCGAAGGGUUACGCCCAUCAAGAUUCGGCGUAUAACUUCAUCAUCAGGGGUGUCUGAAAAUAUGUGUAAAACUUUGUCGCCGAAACGUUUAGAAAUGUGGCGAAACGCGUUUGGCGCAUGCAUAAAAUCGCAAAAAAUAAUCGUUUCUACGCAAUCACCGUCAACAUCAACGUUCGUUGCUGCACAAAAGUCGCCAAUCAAAUCAACGAAUGCGGAAUGCGAAAGUAUUUCGACUUCUGCUUCCAUAACUACGUCUUCCGUAAAACACAAUACACCGGUUGACUCUCCUGAAAAACUUUCUUCACCAAAAGAACAAGUUGCUUUGUCUUCAGCAAAGCCGACAGAAUGUAACGAUACAUUCAGACCCGAGUUAUCUAGCAGUAAGAAUCUUCCAAGUGACAUGAAUAUUGAAGAAAGCGACACUACUCGAUCUAAGGGCAGCACUACUUCUGAAAAUUCAUGGGAAAACGCCGAUUCUACAUCAGACAGUUAUACAUCUAACAAUUCAUGGAAUUGUGUGGAAACCUCAUUAGACAACACGGUCAUAAAUAAGGACAGUUACAAAAAUAUGGAGAAAUCAUCGUCAGAACAAGAACAACAUUCUUCAGUUAACAAAAAAGCUAGUUCACAUCAAUUAGAUAAAUCAAUGGUUGAUUCCAAUAUGGAAAUUCCAUCCUCUUCUUCCUCGUCAUUGAGAACCACGCGACAUGAACACAAUACACGACAAAGGAAAAAUAAAAUUAAAUCAACUACGAAGUCAAAAUCUGCUUUGAAUCAAGAUUCGCCGAAAUCUAAAAGAUUAAAUCUAAAGAAUUUAAUAUGUCCAAAAUGUUCACAGACGUUUGACACCUAUGAACAAUUGGUUCAGCACAUGUUUAAGGAGAUGGCUAACGCUAUCCGGAAAAACCAAAUAAAAAAUAUCAUAGUUGUUCCUUCAACUCGUAAGCCCAAAAAUCAAGUUUCACAUGAUACGGCGAACAAUUUGGUAGAAGCAACUGAGAAAGACAAAUCAGAAGUAGUCGGAAACGAUACCAAUGAGCAAGAGAAAAGACUGUCAGAAAAUACAAACAAGAAGUCUAGCGAAUCGAAUACGGAGAAUCUUGUUGCCUCAGAAGUAUCACAGCAGGAUAUAACAAAAAAUGUGAGCAAAGAAAAACAGUCGACGCUUUUAGCAAGCAAUGCUAAGGAGACAACGACCGAAACACAAAAUGUGGAGAAAGAUAAAACGCCCAUCGUUGGAUCGUCUUUGGAACUUCGACUGACAGAGUCCUUCGUUAUUUGUAAGUGUCAUGAUCCUAAGACAAAGAAUGGGACGAACAUGGAAGAGAAAAUUCAGAUCGAGAUAGUUUUAUUGUGCUUGAAUUGCCGGACAGUGUUUCGACGCUUAAAAUGUUUUGAGGAGCACUGUACACAGUGUUCUACGGAAAACAUGCUCUGUUACAAAGAUGGACAGAAUAGGAAAGCCAAGUUGAUUUGUAUCAGCUGCCACGAGAUGCUGCAUUCUGCCAAGAGUAUGCAUGAGCAUCUAACGAUGCAUGGUCGGCAAAAUCGUAUACGUAAUUGUAAAGGCAGGGCGACUUUUUUCUGCAACAUAUGCAAGGUGAUUUUCUUUUGUCUCGGACCGCUGUUUCUCAAACAUUUACAGAUACAUAUGAAGAAUCCAUUGUUCCUGGCUACUGAGGCUUCGUUUCCAAAGUCUUCCUUAUGUGGUAGAAAAUUUGAUAAAUUAUUAAACUCUGACACUGACAAUGAUAUAGAUAUGUUUUAUGAAAUAGCUGACUUUAUGUGCCCUGAAUGUAAAAAACCCUUCCCUGUUGAAAAAGAUUUGCAAAUGCACAAGGCAACGUGCCGAAAUACCAUCGAGCCUCGCAGCGGAUUUUUAGAUGACAGAAACACAUUUUCGAGCGGCAAAAUGCCAAUUUUGCUGGUAUGCGGAUUCUGUAAUAAGACGUUUUACAGCAAGAUGUCUUUUGAGAUGCAUUUAUUGAAGCAUACGCAGGAACGAGACGUGAAUUUGCACUUUACUUGUGUGAAUAUCACCGCCUUACAAAAAGUAUAUAUCUGCAAAGUAUGCACAACCGUGUUGCAAUCUUUGGAGAGCUUCGAGAAGCAUUGGCAGACUCAUAGCAAACUGCAGGCGGACUAUGUAUGCUCCUGCUGCCAGAGUCAUCAUAACAGUGUCGAACUGUUCCAGACACACGCACAGAUACACAAAAACAACAAUGAGAUACAUCAGACACCGAUUACAUGCGAGGUGGUCUAUCGCGACAGUUGCAUUAGUGACAGUUCCAACACAGAUUUGCAAACAGACGCUACUGUAAACGAUCUACCUUCCAUGGAUUUGAGUUAUUUCGACGAUGGGAACGAUUUGACUGACAAGACUGUGCACAAUAUACAAUGCGAAAAAUCACUAUUAGAUUUACUUUUAUCUGGGAAUCGACGUACGCGAAUCGACGCAACGAUACCGCAAGAAUUAUCAGUACGCUCCUAUAAAGAAGCACAAUCAAUCGUCUCGCAAGUUCCAGUAAAAGUUAUUUCUAAUAUCCCAGUCGCACAAUCAACACAAAGUAGUAAUUUGAAAAAUUGUGAUGAUGAUUCUGACAAGGAAGCGGUGUUAACGAUAAUGUUGUCAGAAAGUGAAGAGAGUUCGACCGAAGUCGGGAAAAAUACUGGCAGCAUGUGUUCUGAUAAGAACCAGAAUUUGCAAGAAAACACGAAAUCAACGACGUUCAAUACUGCAGAUGGGCGAACGCAAUGUUCCAACAACACGGCUUCGAUAGCGAAAUCUACGAAAACAUCGCAAUCGAGCGAUGUAAAUGAAAGUGCGAGUUUAAAUCCCCAAAUUAAUGUAAUAAGUCUGACAAAAUCCAAGAACACGUGGCCGGACAAUAAACCGAACAUUUCGGAAGUUGACAAGGUCCUCGAGAAUUGUGUUGAUGACUCAGAGUUGUCAAAAACGAAUUUGUCCAGAGAAGAGCUCAAGGAACCAUUACCGAAAAACGUCAUGAGUUCCGUGCCUAAAUCCUUCCUGCGCGUAAAGACUUUGGCGGAGUUGACAAACGGUUCCUCAUCGAAGCUUCAGAUUUGUCACGUGUGUGAUUUGUCGUUUGAGUCCCUACAAACGUUUGAAGAACACAUGUUGAUACACAAUAUUCAGACAUCUUUCCAAGACAAGCAAAGUGAUCAAGCAUCUUCGUCCAACAACGUGCAAGUCUGGCCGACGGAAUCAACGUUCAAUCCUCUCACGAUGACAACAUCGACCCAGGAACGUCCUAUUUCUUCCGCGGCAAUCAGUAACGUAUCUUCAUCCAUCAGUGUGCCUCUGAAUACAUUCACGAUACAUCAUCGACCGAACAAACCUGCCAAUUCUCGGCAACAUCCAGUGAUUGGUGCGAAGUCAUUGCCCUCGAUCAGAUCUAACACGAUUGUAAACGUAUUCAAUCCGAAAGAGACGCUGCCUCACGAAGUGACGCCUGCUCCAUCGUUGAAUAAUCCUACGUCACAGAGUAUCCAGAAGACGGCCUAUCAUAAAAACUUACCGUCUCAAAUCACUCAUUCAUUAAACAAAUCGACGCAUCAAAAUAUUGGCACUGUAGCUGUUAAACCAUUCUUACAAACUACUUAUACGUCCACGCCGCCACCUCUUUUAUAUUUCCAACAUCAGUCACCACAUGUGCAGCAGCAACAACAGUCUCAGCAACAACAGUCUCAGCCACAACAGGCGCAGCAGCAACAACAGACACAGCAGCUGCAACAACAAAUGCAGCAACAAACGCCGCAGUUGCAACAAAUGCCACAUCAGCAAUCACAGCAAUUGCAACAACAACAAUUGCAGCAGCAUCAGAUGAAUAUCGAUAGUAAUGUGAUACAAUAUUUCGUAACUAAGGCAGACAUGUCUUACCAGCUGCAAUCGAUUGAUAUACCAAAUAAUGCGGGGAAUGUUGUGACUGUACAUACAAUGCAACAGGUCUCGACGAACCCAGAACGUUAUGUAUGUUUAUACUGUCCAGGCUAUGAAUGCGGCUCCGUACAUGAGUUUGCACUACAUGAGCAUUCGCCGAAGCACGAAACUCGCAGCAGUUACAACAGCGCUGCAUAUGUACCGGACGUAAACCGUUAAUGGUGAUUAUAUAUCUUAAUAAUAAUUUUAACACGAGAUGAAGUUCGGCAACGCUUAAUUUCUCUAUCCGAUGAAGAGAAAUUCUAUUUCGAUAUUCAUUUAAUUAAAGUUUAUUUGGCUCACAUAAUUCUGAUUGAAUGCAAUCGAAUGUAAUAAUGUACUUAUCUUAAUAGAAAGAGUUGAUAAUAGUAAAUGUUUAUCUUAAUAGAAAGAUAGAUUUCAGUUAUUGAUGAAUUAGAAAAACCAGCAACAAUUGCUUUUAUGUUAUUUUCUAAAUAAAUUUUUUAUUUAAAUAAUUUUCUUUAUAAUAAGAAAUUUAACUUUUCCAAUAGCUUAGCUUCUUAAAUAUCAAGGCAUAAUGUGACAGAGUAUUUAUUUUAUCUCUUUUUUUCUCUGUUUACAUCAAUGUAGAUAUUGUAAAAAAAAUUUUUUCUGGGAUUUAUUGGAACUUAUUAUUCCGUGUAGGGUUCUCAUCAUUUUGAGCAUGCUCAUAUGUUAUUAUAUUCCCUGCUUAAAAGAGAGUAUAAGAGACCGAAUAAGAAAUAAUAGAAACGUAUAGAAAUUUAAUAGAAAUCUUAUAUAAUUUUAUCUGAACUUAUAGGUUUCUAUCAAAUUUCUAUAUGUUUAUCAUUUCUUAUUUGAUUUUUUAAGCAGGCUUAUAUUAUAAUUAUUACUAAUCAGCUUUCUUUGCAUUGACAAUUGCAUGUUUGACAAAACAAUUCAAUUAAUUGUUGUAUCUUGCAAUAAUGACAUAUAAUUUAACAGGUACGAUUAGAAUUUCUUUUCAUUGGUUUCAUGAUUUUCAUCGUCUGUAUAUUUCAUCAAUAUUUUGUAUUUAUCGUAUUAAUUACAUCGCUUGUAAUCAGUGACAUUUUCAUUUAAUCUUAGCAUGUUAUUAAGUUAAUAACAUUUUGCUGUCGAUCUCUCAUUCAAGACGGGUUAAAUUAUAUCUUGAAUGGGAUUUUCUUCCUUUUUUCUUUUUUUAAUAAAAAUGGCCUUAUGUAACAUGCAUAGUGAAUAAAAAAUGUCGAAAUUCUCUAAUAAUCUAUACACAUAUAUUGAAGACAUUUUAUGUUGAUGUUUGUUAUUGAUUCCAUUAAUUAUUAUUAAAUUUAUAUGUUCCACUUUGAUUUUUCCUUCUGCUUUUUGUUCCGGCGCGAUUAAUUUUUUCAUUAGUAACAAGACAUUAAUAAAAGAAAAAGCAGUAGACUAAGAAUAAAAGAAAUGAUUUAAAAAAGGAAUUUAUUGAAGUGAUCUUAACCUUCAGCUGACACACUAUAUUAAAUUCGAUAUUUUGCCAUACAUGGGUAUGUGUCACCCGACUAUUUUCAGUUGCGUAUAUUUCAGUAUGUAAUGCAUAGAAUUUGAACAAUUUUUUUUUUUAAUCGAUAUGCCAGAAGACUAAAGAAAAAUACUAAAUAGAUGCGAAAAUCGAGAAGUUGAAUAUAUUUGAAAUAUUCAAAGCAGACGGAGCGAAUGAUUUAUGAAUGCCAAGCAUUUUCGUAAACAGCUCGGGUGUACGACACCCAGUGUGUCAACUGAAGGUUAAAUACAUAGCUGAAUCAGAAGUAUGUGAUUUAGAAACAAUAUAAUUAUUUUUUAUUUAUCUAAGUAUCGGUUACAUGAUACACAAUCCUUUAUUUAGCUUUUAAUAAAAUAUUAACAAUGAACACUGAUAGAAACAAAUAUUAAUUUAUAUUUUAAACAGUUAUUUUACAAAUAAUAAUUCUGCUUUAUUUUCAUUAAAAAUUAAAAAUUUUUUAAAUUGUUAAAUUGCUAAAAAAAAAAUAAUCAAAAUAUUCAAGAAUUAUAUCAGGAAUGAAGGAAUAUCAGGGGCUUAUGUUAAGAAACAUUCGUAUGAAUUACGUUACGAUACCAAAUGCACACAAUUUAAGAGUAUCUUUAAAAAUAUAAGGAUUAAACUUAGCAUUUAAAUUAAUUUUAAAUUAAAAAACUUUUUGUAUAGUUACCUGUUAACCAUAACAUUUGAUUAUUAGUAUGAAAUUAGUACUAAACAAAAUCAGGUAUUUUGAAAGGUGCUUCAACUGAAUAACGAGACUGUCUAAAGUACGUCUCUAAUGAUUGUACUUGUACUGAAAAAUAACCGAAUGGUUUUUUGUAAUGAAAUGGCAUUUUGCAAUUGAUUCUAUUUAAGCAAAGAAUCAAUCAUUUUGCCUUUACUAAUUCUUUAACGAAAGAGAUAUUGGUAUUACUUCAAGAUAAGACUAUAUGUAAUAUCUACUUAUAUUUUUUAGAAAAUACAUUGUAGUUCAAUAUCAAUACAUUAUCUCAAUUUUUCAAUGUUAUUAUUAUUAUUUAAAUGGUUUUGGCACUAUUGAGAUUUCAAUGCAAAAUAUUUCAAAUUUUUUUUUUUAAUAUAAAAUUUUAAUGCUACAAAAGUAUAAUAUAAAAUGCAGCAAAUGUAAGUAAAGUAAAUGUAGAUACAUAUGUUUACUAUAAAUAUAUUGAGUAAAUUUUCCUAUAUUGACAUUCAUUCCUUAUGUAUCUUUUUCUGAUUAUUGCAAACUAUUUUAUAUUUUGCAAUUAUUGAUUGAAAAAUUAAAUAAUCAUCUUUUGCUUUAAAUUUUUUUCUAAAGGAACAUCAAAUUUAAUUUUGUCAUAAAGUUUUUAUUUAAUAAUAAUAAUAAUUUUAUUUUUCUUUUUACAUUUUCUAAGAUGGAAUAAGGAAGAAAUUAUUAGUUUCUUUAAUAAUUAUUUUCUUGUAAUUUAUUAUAUUAUAUAUAAUAUUUUCCAUGAUAUUGUUAAUCUUAUAUUAUGCAUGAUUAUAGAAGAUCACUUUUUAAUUAAUUAUAUUCUAUUACUAAUGACACAGAGUUACUGCAUUAUUCAUUGGACAAAAAAUUGAACCAAUUAAUGAUCAAAUAAAAAUAAUAUAAUUACAUUUUCAAGUAAAAUGGUAUUUUAAUAUUUUAAUAUUUUUCUUAUACAGUUAUUUACUAGUGAUCGUUCAGUGAUUGCAAUGGUGCACUGACCCUGUUUUUUUGUAGAUGAUUUUCUUUGAUCAAUCAUUUAUAAAGCGAAUAAAGUGUUAAAAAUAAGAAGUGAUAGAUAUUGAACAGUUGACUGGUUUUUCUACAGUAUAAUUAUUGUAAUUACUGUAUACUUUAUUGAAAGUCAUUUGUAUAGAAUUGCUCGAAGCUAUUUUAUUAUAGAAUUUUUAGAACAAUAAACUUGCGCUAAUUGUAUUAUGUCCUUUAACAAUAACCUAAAAUGGCACACUAUUUAGAAAUUAUUAAAAAUUUUUUUGUGAUUGUGUAAGAAGUAUUAUAUUACGCACUUCUGCAAGCAAAUAUUGUUACAUGUUUCUAUUGAAUUGUAUUUACGAAUUGGAAUAGAAAUCGCAAAUUGGAAUAGAAUUUGCGUUGCGAAUCGCCGAUAUCUAGAGUAGACAGAUUUGUCUACUACAACUGGGACACAUGAUGUACAAAAAUAUUCGUAUUUCUUUAAUUAUUCCGAACAUAAUUUAAGAAAAAUGUUACAAGAUUCUUGUCGAGAGGAACAUUUACCGCAUUUAUUUAAUGAGCUUUCGUGUGAAAGGUUAUUGUGUAAAAAAUGAUAAUUUAAUUUAAACGUAACUCUAAUAUUCGUAUACUGAAAUUUUAAUUAAAUUUCUUUUUAUAAUGUAUUGCAUUAUUAUUUUUUUAAACUAGUCUAUGUUUUGAUAAAAUUUUUAUUAGUGCUAUAUAUAUUUCUAUCGAUAAGAACUUGACAUCUCUAAUAAGAAAUAUAAGAAUUGUAAAGAAUUAAAAUUGAGGGUCGCAUUUUGUUAUUUACGUGCAUGUUACACAUGUAUAAUAUAUAAUGUAAUAUUGUACAAUUUUUUACUGCAUACUUAAAUAGAUAUAUUUCUUGAGUAUAAGAAUGAGCUUUUCCGAAUCAAUUGUGCAGAGCAACUCGCGUUCUUGUCUUAUUGCAGAACUAAAGUUGAACAGAGAACUAAAUAUCUUCUAGUGUUAAAAAUGUAACGCAGUUAAAUGUUUGCCAUUGAACCCAAUAAUCUUUAAGAUUUGUGAUUUAAUUAAUAAAUUUGUGAUAGGAUUAAUAUAAAAUGAUUUUAUGAAUAAAAUAUAUACUUUUCAUUUUUAAUAAAGUUAGUCAUAUUUUUCUAUA